AUGAAGUGGACAUCUUUUCUUCUCGCGCAGAGUGUUGCCGUCGCCGCACUUACCAUAUCUGCCAGCAUUUCAGUGCCAACAGCUACAAUCUCUGAAAUCGUUGCUCCAACCCCCACCAUUGUGCCCAGCUGCCCUCCUCUCCCGACGCUUCCACUUCCCAUCAUUCCCAACGAUGCCUGUGUCAUAGGCUGUGUUGCCGAUUUUCUCAAGGCCCUCCAGAAAGCGACCCACCUCGUCUGUCCUGCUAUUUAUCCGCCUCCACCGUACUGCGUCCGUCCGGUUGAGAGGGCGAUUGCCCAGCUGCGACUGUGCCUCAUUGGUUGUGGCCGUCCCACACUUCCUCUGCCGGCUACACCUGAUGUUGUCGCCGUCGUCUUUUGCCCACUUGCAGAGUCAGCAACGGCAUAA